CACUCAACAAAGAUCAAGGUGGCAAGAAAACAGAUGGACCUUCAAACAUGUUGGCCAGAAGGGAAAUGGAAAGGUUAUCUUAAAAUUGUUUGGAGGAGUGGGGGUUAGUGGGAUGGCUGGCAUUUAGUGACUAAACUCAUGAUCUAUGAAAGAGGCGUGGAAACCUGUCUACCUACUCUCUCUCUCUCUUUCUCUCUCAACAAACUCACACAGCAGAAUCUACAUAGUAAGUAGUCACCUGAGGAACAAACUCUUUCUCUUUUUUAUAUUCACAAAGACUCGUUCAGGUGGGCUCAAGAGCUACUUUUCUCGUCUGUCUCUGCCAUUGAAACAGUAAAGAAGAGGAACAGGUUCUGAUUACAUCCCUGAGAGAGGCUCUUUGAAGAGUCUCAUCUUCUCAGCAAUUUUCUUUCUGUCAAUCCUUCUCUUUUAUUUCCACGCCUCGCUCUGUUCUCCGUCUCUCUCUCUCAGCUUUUUUUCAGCUUUUACACAUUGUUUUGAGGGAGAAUGACAAAGACACACUAUGGUGUUCAUGCAGUUUUAUGGAUUCUUUCACUAGUGGAUUGUAAAAUUCCAGACAGACAGUCUUCUAGGAGAAGUUCUUGUGAUUCAGAUAAGAGGUUCGGGUGAACUGCAUUUUCUCUGAGGACUGUACCCUGCCCUGCUCUUUCUCGCCUAAUCAUGCUGAUGUGAACAUUCAAUGGUACCAGCAAGAGGCACUAAUACUCCGUUUACAGCAGGCGGGAGAGCAGCUCAGCAAUGGCACCAUGUGGCUGUUUAACGACCACAUCUCCGAGGGCAACGCAUCGCUGCUUGUCAAAAAUGUAGACAUCAGGAAUAAAGGACGAUACAAAUGUGUGGUCAACAAUGCAACGCAGACAUAUGUUGUUGCAACAGUAGAAGCUCCCAUCAGUAUCAUCUCCAUUGACACAAACCCCUCUGGGCUGAUUCAGUGCUCUACUAAAGAUGUUUACCCACCACCGAUGGUACAGUGGAGCACAGAACCCAGCUUAACUCCUGCUGCUCUGCAGCCCAUCACCCGCAUGGUUCCUAACGGAAAGGGCCUCUUUUAUGUUGAGAGCCUUCUUAAACAGCAGAAUAACAGCUUAGAACAUAUUUAUGUGUGUAACAUCACCUCCAAAUAUGGCACACAAUCAUGGACAGCUUCAUUACAACUUAAAGAAAUGACUGGCUCUGAAGGGCAAGACCUGGUCAUCCCAUGCCCAGCUCACAAGAACCUUAAAUUCUCCACUCUUGCCUGGACUUUUACGAAAGCAAACACAACCACAGAAAUCCUCAAGUAUGACAGCUUGACCCAGAAAACCACUAGCUUCAGGGAUAACAUAAAACUUACUGAGGAGGACGUAGUGAAUGAGGAUGGAUCGCUUACCCUGGAGAAGCCUGUUGGCGCCGAUCAUUCUGGAAUCUACACAUGUGUAUUCUCAGGAGUAAAGAUGAGACAUCUGAUACAGAUCCAUGUCAGUUUUACACACUCCAGACAUGGGAAAGAUUCUGUUGCAUAUAAUCUGUGGAUGUUAGGUAUCGUUGUGGGCUUACUUGGUCUUCUUGCUCUGACUUUACUUAUAAAAAGAUACAAAGCUAAAUCAAAAAGGAGUCAAGAGAACGCUCAAGCAGAUGAAGAGAUGCAAAGGAUGAACACAGCCAAACCAAUGGAGCAGCCACAAGCUGAAAGUAAACUUAUGACACAACCUUCAGGUAGUCGCAAUUAGAUUUGGAGAGAAGAAAGAAGAAUAUUACCAAGGAGAGAGAAACCGUUCUAGCAGACAAUUUGGAAGACCCAGUAAUGGGACUGCUAGAUGACAACACAGAUAUAUCUGUGCACACAAAAUGUCAUAGGAUUUCCAGGACAUUUUUUAGAGAAGAACAUUUCAUGUUUUUAAUGUAUUUUAAAGGUGCAUUGAUUCAAUAUUUUUCUGUAAUUUGUACUGGGACAACAAAUUAUUAAAAAUAUUUAUUAUUAUGAAUAAUGUUAUUAAUUUCCAUGAAACCAACACUGGCUAGUUUAUUGCAA